CUUGCCGGCGCGAACGAUAGUCUACCGCUAAACGUUUCGUGCGAAUAACCGUAAGGGACAGAGCACGGGAGACGAUCGCGAUAAAUAAUAAAAUUUUUGUUCGCAGUUAGUAAAACGAUUUUAUUAUUUUUAAAUUUUUUUGUUGUUUGAACUUUUGGCUGUUUUUUUACACUCUUACCGUUUCGAAUAAACCUCGAUCAACGCCGCCACGCUGGAAGUGCUGUUGUUGUUGACACGUGACUGAACGUGACUGCUUAUAGCGUCAAAAUAAACCUGUGUUCCAGCGAUCAAGGGUUUAGUGCAUAAUGUCUGGUAGACAAUGAAAUAACCUGAGUCUGACUUACGGUAUAAUAAGGUAUAUCAUGGCCGACCCGGAGAGAACCAGAUUGGUGGUGCUCGGUGACGCUGGCGUUGGGAAGAGUGCAAUUUGCAAACGGUUUUUAUACAACUCGUUUUGCUCCAAGUAUAAGACGACCGUAGAGGACCUUUACACAAAAGAAUUCAGCCUCGGCACAGCCCAACAUUUCAAAGUGGACAUCUUGGACACGUGCGGCAACCCUCAGUUUCCGGCCAUGCGGCGGUUGAGCAUAGCCAAUGCGAACGCGUUCCUGUUCGUCUAUUCGAUCGACUGCGAACGGUCUUUCGAGACGGUCAAGCGAAACUUCGAGGAAGUCCGCGAGCAGCGCGAAGACUACCAGGUGCUGCCAAUCGUGGUGGCCGGAAACAAACUUGACCUUCCGGCAGACCAUAGACGUGUCACCGUGGAAGACGCUUCCGAAUGGCUGUAUUGCGAACUGCCGAAAAUGAGGGUCAAGUUGAUCGAGUGCUCGGCCAAGGACAACGUGAACGUGCGCGAUCUGUUCAAGUGCUUGCUGGUGCUGUCCCGGAAGAUGAACGGGCCGGAAGACCAGGCGGCGUGCCCGCUGAAGCGCCGGUCCAGCGCGUACGUCAGCCACACCAAGUCGUCGAGGCGCGCCGCAGAGAACGCGGGAGGAGCCGCCACGACUUCCGGUCCGGCGGGCGGCGCUUCCGGUCACGGCCGCGACGAGCACCAGCUCCAGCAGCAACAGCAGCAGCAGCAACAGGAACGGGCGAAACCGCGCAGUCGCAGUCUGAUCAGACGAUGCAGCCGGAAGGCCAAACAACAGAUCAGGGACACGACCACCGGUGGAGGUGGCGGUGGGGGUAACGGCGGCGGUGUGGAUGACUGCAACGUCAGCUAAAUUCUGCUCGCAUAAUAAUGAUUUUAAUAUUUAAUAUACAUACACGAUAUACCUACCUACAUAAUAACAAUAAUAGUUAUAUAGUUUCUUCAGUUGUCUGACAAAACAAAAUUCACAAUCGUACGACACAACAUUCGUCAUGAUUUUUGUCAUUUUAGACGCAUAAUUAUAAUUAUUAUAGUACCUAUUAGACUAUCCAUAUUCGUCCUACUAAAAUAUUAUCGUACAAAAUUAGUGUAUAUUUUUAACCCCCCCCCCCCCUAACACACACACAAAAAUCGGUCCCGACGAUUUAUUAUUUUUCGUUUGCUUGAACCACGUGUAAUAACCAUCUACUAUAGUUAUUUUUCGGUUAUUUUUCCUUCUGUUUCAUUACCUAGUAUACAACUAAAACCACUGUCCUUUAAAUAUUGAUUAACGUUUUAUUCGUUUUGAGUGUGCUCAAAUAAUAAAAAUUAUUAUUAUAUGCGUCUUUGACGUGCCUCGUGGCUAACCUAUCUAUGUAUACCAUAAUAUAUAGGUACCUACUGCAGAAUUAUAUGAUGAUAAAAUAUUAUAUAUUUUAAAAAUAAUAAUAUUAAGAAAACGUCUCUCGAGCGGUAUUACAACGCAUUUACGACGAAAUGCCAAGAACAAUUUUCAAGUUUAACAUCCCUCUCACAUAUUUUGUAUAUAAUAUUAAUAUAAUAUAAUAUAACAUGCACACUCUAUAUAUAAGUGUCGUUAAUACAUCGUGUCUAUCAGUCCAAUGUAGCCGACACUGGAACGACAAAUUCACUUUUUUAUUUCUAUAUUACAUUAUAUUUCUUGCACCAGGCUUAGGUACUUUUAACAGUGCCGAUAUACCUACUUGUAUUUAGUAAUAUUAUAGUUAACUUAUAUACUAUAUUCUUAAUAUGCUCCCGUCGGCUUCGGAUCAUAUGUAUUAAAAUAGUUUCGAGUCAAAUUAUAACCACUGUCCUUAUAAAGUAUAUACCCAUAAAACUAUAAUAAUAUAAAAUUAUAUCAUUUUAUCGUCAUGAUAUUUGAGUAAAUUCAACAUGUUUUAAAUUUGAUUAAAAACUAAUUAAUCAUUAUUAUAACAAUAAUUUUAUUUUUUUUACACAGUAUUUAUUUGUUUUUCUGUUUAGAAAACGCCAUAAACGUACAAAUUAAAUUUUGGUUAUAUUAUGUUAUGUUCGGUUUUACAAUUCGUAUUAACUGGAAAGUAAUUAUCAUAUUAUUAUUAUAAUUUAUUUAUAGGUUUCUAACGACGUUAUGAUUUUUCGAAAAUAGUUUACAUUAAUUAUCAAAACCACUGGUUUCGACCGUGUUUAAAAUGUAAAUAUAAUAAUUAAUAAAUCAUUUUGACAUAAUUAAUAUUAUUAUUGUAUUUUAAUGUUCAGUGUGUUUUGUUACGAAUUAUUUAAUCUAAUAAACACGUUUUAAAUAUAUAAUUGACGGUGAUCAGAUGAUUUUUAUUAAACCGGUUAUCGGCUUUAUUUCGUGUAAAUAUUUUAUUAAUUUGAAUAUUUAAUACGCUAACCUGUAAUCUCUGAUUUCACUGGUACAAUAUCUAUAGUUUAAACAAUAAACGUGAUAAAUAGUAGUAAACUCGUUAAUUUAUGUGCCAUUCAUUUCCAAGUGCUUCCAUAAGCGUAUUGUUCAAAUAGUCAACCUAUGUAGGUACGAUUAAAGAAUGUCUAAACAUAAAAUAAUAAUAUAUUAGUCAUUUAAUUAAAUAACAAACCAACAUGUUAUAAUGUUAAAUAUCAGACAUAUAAAAAUACAUACUUUUUAUUUAUACUUGCAUUUAAAAUAUUUAUCUUAAUUUGUUCACGAAGCGUUUCCAAAAAGAAAUGUGUACUGUAAAAGCACCUACAACUACACGAUACCUAUAAUACUACUAAACUAUGCGCAAUGUAUUUAUUCGUCCAAGUUAUUGAUUACUAUUAUUAUUCUCAUUCUAUAUUCGAUGUUACUAAAUACAUUUUAAUAACUAAGAUAACCUUACCAUUCGACUAAAUAUAUCAUUAUAUAUUUACAGUUUUCAAAUAUGAGCAAGCACAUAAAAUAGUACAAUAAUACAUUAUAAAAUAGUAACCUACAUAAAGUACCCAUAAUUAACAAUGUAUAAAACUAAAAUAGCUGAAUUUAUCUAGACAAAGCAUCUGAGAAAAGAAGUCUCGAAUAAGAGGUCAUAUAGGUACUUAAUUAUAAUAUUAAUAAUGUAUAUUAUUAUGUGUAAUAUCACCAUUAAUGCCUAUGUACAUAAUAUUAAUUUGUUAAUCAAUUAUGUCGUUUGAUAUUUUGUUGAAUAAUAAUAUUAUAAUCUAACAGUGCAGCUAAAUCAUAAGAUUAUGACGUGUAAUAAUAUGUGCAUCUUCAUUGCAUAUUUUGUAAAAAUAUCAAUUAAUAUCUAUUAUACUUACUAGGUAAGAAGUUAUUGAAAAAAAAAAAAAA